AUGACUUCUCCUCCUUCUCUACUCAAAAUGCCGGACGUCGUUAUGAAUAUCAUUCUGAAAAAAGUUGGAGUUCAGUCUGUCCAAGUUCUUCGAAAAGUUUGUCGAGAUCUGCGAAACUUUAUUGAAGAGCACAAACCGGAAUCGUAUAUAGAUCAGGCCACUCUCUCCAUUGAUCUGGAUAGUGUUCAUCUGGGAUUUCCGUUUAAUUCAAUCGUUGUCAAAUACAAAAAACACGAGAAAGGAUGCCGCGUCAUAUGUCAGAAAACGUACAAUACUACUGAAAAAAUUCUGGAUAACUCUGAUUUUCUUGAAACUGCUUUGAAUGAUUUCAAAGUGAUCAUGAAGAAUCAGAAAAACGGCGUGGGAUUUUUCAACAUUUGUUUCAAAUUGUUCAGUCUAGACAAUAUUGGAGAUCAGGAGUUGAUAGCCACCGGAUUCCGAGAAAAGUUAGAAAAAAGCUUGCAGUCGUGGGACCAUCCAGUUCCGGUCAGAAGAGUUAUCAUUGGCACUGUAAACCAAACAGAGGUGAUGUCAAUCCUCCGGUAUCUUGAUCCGAAACUACUAGAAGAUUUUGAAAUGUCAGCGUCAAGAUAUGUCGACAGUAUUCCAAUGGAGUUCGAUAAAAUCUUGGGGACCGAUCAUUGGAAAAAUUUGAAAACUUUGAAAAUGAGCGGUUUGAUUGUUUCAGUUCAAUUGAAACAUUUUUUUCAUUUGACGACGUGUUCAGUCUUUCGGAAAAGUUUAUCAGGAGAUGAGUUGACUGAAUUGAGAAACGCAUUCCAAGGAUCGACUUCACUUAAAUCCAUGGAAGUAACAUACCAAUUUUUGGACAAAUCAGGCAUUUGUAAUCAACUUGGUCAGCCUACUGUUACUCAAGACUUUCUAGGCACAAGAAUAGAAACUUGGGAAGUUGGAGUGUCGCCAAACACUUUGAGAUUCACACUGGUUCCAAAAGAGAAGAGUUAUGCUUUUAUCAUUCGCAAAAUUCCUAUUCAAAAAACUAUGCCAACUCGUCGUUAG